AUGGCAGUCGGGUUCCGUCGGACGCUCACCACGCUGGCGUCGCCCAAGUCGGUGGCGCCGUCGUUCCUCCUCGACUGCGCGCGGCCCAAGAAGCUGUCGUACGCGCGGGUGCGGUCCACCAGCCUCCCCGUGCGCCUCCACCCGCUGGCGGCGGCGCUGCACGACUCGGCGCGCGCGCUUCUGGCGUGGGCCGACGCGCCCGCGCAGACGGGGCCCGCGUGGGUCGCCGACGGCGCCGGCCGAGCCGGGCGCGUCCUGGCGGGGCUCGCGGACCUGCUCCACCACCCGCAGGCCCGGGACGCGCUCCUGCGGCACCCCUGGACGGAGCAGCUCCUCGACGACCUCCUUCUCCUCGCCGACCUCCACGGCUGCUUCCGCGAGUCGCUCGUCGCGCUCAAGCAGCUCCUCGCCGAGACGCACGCCGCGCUGCGCAGGCGCGACGGGGCCCGACUCGCGGCGGCGCUACGGGCGCAGCGGCGGUCGGCGCGGGAGGUGUCCCGCCUGGCGUCCUCCGCGCGGGACCUCUCCCACCGCGCGGCGCCCGACGACGAGUCCGACGAGGCCACGCUCGCGGACGCCUUCGCGGCCGCCACGGCCGCCGUGUCCGCCGCCUCGUCAGCGGUCUUCGCCGGCGUGUCCACGGCCUCCGCCGAGUCCGCCGCCAGCGCCGCGCCGUCCCCGAGGACCCCGACGUCCUACUACCCUGGCAUGCAUGACCGCCAGCCCGAUGACUCGUGCAACGAGGAGGAGGAGGAGCGGAAGGCGGCCAUGGGCAGGGUGCGCGGGCUCGAGCAGUGUGUCGACGCCGCCGAGUCCGGUUGCGAGGAGGUGUACCGCGCGCUCGUGAACGCCAGAGUCUCCCUGCUCAACCUGCUCACGCCCACAUUCUGA